AGUAAUCAACUUUCGAUUUCACAAUUCACACUUCAGUAUCAGCAAGUUUUCAGGCUAUUCAUGUUAAUUAAAUAAACAGUCCACCUUCAACGUAAAUAAUUAAGAACCAAUGAAUUAAAGUGAAGUUUUUGUUGUAAAAGUCCGGCUACUGUACAGACAUUGAUGGCCCGCGAUGAUACACAAUGGGAUGAUGAUGUUGGUCAAUACUCAAGCAGGGAGAGUGAUGACAGCCCUCUGUUAUACAGACAUGACAGAAGUCGACUGGUUAGAGAGAAAGCUGAUAGAAGAUGGCCGGUGACAAUUAUAGCGAAAUUUUCACUUUUCAGCACCGCCAUGAUAUUGUUUUGCGUGUUUAUGUAUAUCCCAGUGUACAAUAGAGCAAAUGACCAGAUGCCAAAAGUUGCGGUAGCAGGCUGGUCCGUUCAUACGAAUCGCGAUACAAAAAUCUAUGUACAACCCAAUAAUGUUACGACGAUACACGAGCCCAUAUACAUAUGCCCAAAGAAAAAUCGGGAAAAACUAUUUCUACUCAUCGUAGUGUGUUCGUCGACAACGAACUUCGAGAGGCGGGUCGCAAUACGGGAGACUUGGGGUAAUUCGACAAACUUUGUGGAAAGUGCGAAGAUAUUUCACGCGGUACACGAGAAAUUUAAGAAUUAUAAUUAUUCGUAUGACCUGUACGCGGAAAUGAAUUACACGGAUCGGCGGAGACGGGAUGUGGAGGCAGAAGAAGGCGUCAGUGUAACGGAAAGUGUUGGUAACAAAUCCACUAAUGAUUUUGAACUUAAAGAUGAAGUGGGAUUAGAUAAAACAGAUUCAGCAGUAAUUGACACUGCAACGGUGUUUCCGCUUCUAGAAGAUAAAGAUUCUGUUAAUCAAGAAGAACUACAGCGUACAGUUAUAACAACGAAAAACAUACAUAGAAAGAGAGAUUUAACCAGUUUCAAUCGGAUACUACCGGAACUGGCUAAAGCGUUAAGCGUUACCAUGACAACGGACGACAAAAUGCUGCCAGAAUUCGAUAUGAAUAAAGAAAUUGGCGGACAAGAAAACGAAGUAGAUUACAAUAAUUAUGAUUACGACACAAAUAUAAUGAAAAUACCACCACGAGGCGAAGAGAACUUCGAUCUGGAGAAUGUUAUAGCAAAAAUCAAAGAGAAUUAUCCAAAAAGUGAUGUAAACUUCAAAGUUGUGUUUCUUUUGGGGUUGCCAGCUAACGACAAUAGUAGCGAGGUUCAGGAUAAAAUUGACGAGGAAGUGGAUAAAUAUGGCGAUAUUAUACAGGAAGGUUUUAUCGAUUCAUACAAUAAUUUGACUUUGAAAUCUAUAAUGAUGCUAAAGUGGGUGACAAAUAAUUGUGGUGAUAGCGUUCGAUAUAUAUUAAAAACUGAUGACGAUAUGUAUAUUAAUGUACCGAAUUUGAUGACGAACCUUCAGAAUCGUUCAAAAAUUCACGACCAAACGAAAGAGAAGGAAUAUCUGUUAAUUGGUGAUUUGAUUUGUGGAGCUCGUCCCGUCUUGGAUACGAGUAACAAAUGGUACAGCCCGCGUUAUAUGUAUUCCGGGAGGGUCUACCCGCGUUAUUUGUCCGGUACCGGCUACGUUUUAAGUACACCAACAGCGCAUGCGCUUUACCAAGCGGCGUUGCGAACACAUUACUUUCACUUGGAAGAUAUUUUCAUUACUGGCAUGUGCUCCCUUCGAGCGUCACCGCGUAUAACGCCGCGUGACGAACCGGGCUUUUCCUACAACGGUGGAGGCGGCGCUUGCGCAGUACAUUCGAAGCUGACAGCGCAUCGUGUCACGCCGUACCGUAUGAAGAGGGUCGCUAUGUUGUUGAGAGAUUUGGGAUAUGUUGAUAGAUGUGAACGCUUGCGGCUAACUCAGAUAAAAACUCACCGUGAAUCAAGAAUGUUUAUUAUUUACAAGUAUCUCCGAUUGGUCGUUGGCGGACGAUGUUGAGGUAUUUUGGACCACCUAUAACUCUCAUGAAUCUCUAUUCUAAGAUCUUUAUGUAAUGUCAUCUCGAAAGAGUUGCCAACGAAACCAGGCUAGGCACUUUAAUCUCUUCGUGUAUUUUAUGUUUGCCUAUAAGUUAAGUGCUUGUUGCGUUAAAUAUUGCAUUUUAUUUUUCUUGUACUAGUGUAUCAGUGCCGAGCAUUGGCAAGCUUCAAUUCAAAAAUUCAACAAAAGCUUCAAUCGAAAGCAUCAUCUUGUCAAUAGAUUCCGGGUUUAAAUAUUACUAAUUGCAGUUUACUGUUUAGAAAAAAUGGUUUGACUACAUUUAGAAAUCUGGGAAUCCUGUUCAAGGACUCUUAAAGAUCGUCAUACUAAAGUGUUCGAAAAUGUGAGUUCAAAAUAUUGUAGUAAAAUGUUUUACGGGCUGUACUUUGCUAGUGGCAAGAUUAUUUUUUUUAUAUCCUAUGGCAAUAAUUGGGAGUGGGCGUGGUUUACAAUCAUGCAAGUAUGGCUCUCGAUAGAGAUUACUUUAUAAUUUAAUUGAUUAUAUAGCUUGUGUUUUCUCAUAUAGACUGUUAAUUGCUCAAAAUAUAAAUUUUAAUACGAUUGGCUAAGUUGAUCGAACAUUUAAAUAGUACAAGGGUUUUGGACCUUUAUAGGAAAUUAAAUAAAAGUGGAAGUAAACUUAAGUAGCAAAAAUGAAAUAAAUUUAUCUAAGACGGUUGUGACAUAAUUAAUGUAUUACAAAUGACAAUUACAACAGUAUGGUCUAUAGAAUGGGCGUUGCAUUUUUAAGCGAUGACUUUUUUCUUAGCUUUAAUUCACAGACUACGUAGGUUUGUAGGUUUGUCAAUUGUCUAAUCAUUUGUGGUUGUCAAAUUUGAUAUUUAAAAUAAAUCUGUGGUAUUUAAUAGGCAUAAUUUUUUACCAAGUUUAAUGUACUAACUUCUUCAUUAAACAUUUUCACGAACUUUAUUACUUAGUCAAACUCUUGGUACCUUCUCCGAAAUUCGUUUAAUUGGGACUUCGGUCAACUUCGUAAAUUCGUAAUGAAGCGUCAUUCAUGAUGCAUUCAAGCGUCUCCAAAUCUUAAAGAUCAUGAUUACCUACCCUUAAAAUUUCAGUCAGUAUAAUGAUACCAGUGAUGCCAAUUUGGGGGAUUUUCCCCCAAAUUUAAGGGGAAUCAAGAUGCUCUAGGUUUUUAGGCGGUCAUUUAUUUAGGGGAAUUUUUCGGUGGUACAAGAUUUUUUUAAAACGUUUCUAUACAACAUAUAAACCUAACCAACCAAAUAUAUAUCAAAUAUAAUCUGUUAUUUCUCCAAGGAUGAAAUAACAGCUAUUAAUACUUAAAUAUAUUUUUAAUCGUUGAGGGUACAACAAAAUCUUUUGGGGUUUUUAAUCGAAAUUUAUGGGAAUUUGAAGUUGGUGCUAGGAGGAAUAUUAUGUGGAAGUUGGCAUCAUUAUAGUCGAUCUACGUUAUCCACUUGCUACGCACCACCGCCAUUUUUGGUCCUUCGGGUCAGAUUUCUGUAUUGAACUCUAUAGGCGAGAUACCGGUGUCUCAAGUUUUUAAGUAAGGGUAUUUAAUGUGAUCUGAUCCCUGUAAGUCAAAAUACAAUUCGCUUUUGACAGACAAGUGUACAGGAAUUUCAGAUUGAUUUAAUUUUAAUUAUUUUUCAUAUUUGUCGCUAAAUUAGCUACUUUAAACAUUGGCGUUUCAUAGGGCAAAAAUUAUUAGUUUUAUUUAUAUAUUUUGUAUAACGUUUGACAAUUUUUCUCAUAUCUCAACUAAUCCAUGACUUAUUUCACUUCUAGUUAAUUUAACGUAUCGAUUACCCAUCAAAUUCCUAAAGUGACGGGUGUUGCUCAACCUACUUAAUCGGUUUAUCGUUGUUUUGGCAGCAAAAGUCGCUUUAUUGAUCUGAUCGCAGUGGUUUCAAUGUAACAGGUACCCAUCAAGUGCAUGACCACGACAAGUGUUGCUUAACCUUAAUGAUUUCAGUUCUGCUAAAUUAAGUUAUUGUUUCCUAUUAAAAUCAUUCCUCUCGAACGCCUUAUAGAGAUAUUUUAUAUAGAAAAUGUUAUUAUUUGCGUUGUAAUGAAUAAUUAAGAUGAUUAUCUCGUAAUUAAAUAUUUUAUCGGAUUGUUGAAUUUCUAUCCACAGUUUAAAUAAUAUUUGUAAAAUUCGCGCCAAAAUCUGUGAAUACUUCAAACGUUUUAUCUGUGGUGGUAAUUUGUGAUUUAGCGCCAAAACAAGUAUUAAUCUGUUGUAUUGUUGAUUUUUAGUCUGUGGACAUAUGAAAAGAAUUUGGCGCCGAUUUUUUAUAAUAAAGUACCAACUCUGUAUUUGAUUAAUUUAUUUUGUAUCCCCAAAUAAAGUUAUAUGAAUGAUAAA